UUUCCUUAGAGGAUUUAAUUUGAUAUUUUGUUGGGAUAGCCUCUAGGCAAGCCUCCAGAACAAUCCAGGUAUGACUUGAAUAUGCUACUGGAUAUGACCAUGGGGAAAUGUUUGUCCAGGGGCAGAGCUGCACAUGUCCCUCCAGGCAUUAGACUUGGCUGUGGGGAGUGAGGAGCAAGCCCAGCUGUUGGUUCCAGCUGCCUGGAAACCCUGGAGUGCUCAGCCUGGUUUAGGUGUUCUGGAGAGGCCAGACAGUCUGGUGCAGGCUGAUUGUGUUUCCCACUCCUGCUGUUUCCCUCAGCUUUUGCCAGUGUGAGUGUUGAACUGAGAGGGGAGAGCAGCUUUGAGUGCAGAGGAGGAACAGCCACCAGCCCUGAGGAGCUUUGGAGCAGCCUGCCUGAGCUCAUGUCAGCUGUCAUAAUUCCAGCAUUGCUGUACUUCCUGCAGGAACACACCCUCUGUAAGAUUCUGGAACCAGUCUGUUGCUUUGCUGGAAGUCCCUUCUGCACAAUGGCCACAGUAGCCCAGAAGCACUUUUUGGAAGGGCAGCCAUACUCAGUGCCCCUGAUCCAGCCAGACCUGCGCAGGGAGGAGGCUGUGCAGCAGGUGGCAGAUGCACUGCAGUAUCUGCAGAAGGUGUCAGCUGAUAUUUUCAACAGGAUCUCUCAGCGGGUGGAGGCCAGCCGGGCACAGCUGCGGGCGAUUGGGGAGAGAGUCACCCUCGCCCAGGCCAAGAUUGAGAAGAUAAAGGGCAGCAAGAAGGCUAUUAAGGUGUUUUCCAGUGCCAAGUAUCCAGCCCCUGAACGGCUGCAGGAGUACAGUUCAAUUUUUGCUGGUGCAGAAGACCCAGCUAAACAGAAAUGGCCAAGACACAAGAUUCAGAGCAAACACCAAAUGCUGGAUGAAACAGCUGUGCAGGAAAAGCUCAAGUAUUUUCCUGUGUGCGUGAGCACCAAAAUUCACCAGGAGGAUGAUGCAGAAGAAGGCCUGGGCAGCCUUCCCAGGAACAUCAGCUCCCUCAGCUCCCUGCUACUCUUCAAUACCACCGAGAACCUGUACAAGAAGUAUGUGUUCCUGGAUCCCCUGGCUGGAGCAGUGACCAAGACCCAUGUGGCUUUAGAAACAGAGACAGAAGAGAAGCUCUUUGAUGCACCUCUCUCCAUCACCAAAAGGGGACAGCUAGACCGACAGGUCGCUGAAAAUUACUUCUAUGUGCCAGAUCUGGGCCAGGUCCCUGAGAUUGAUGUGCCCUCCUACCUGCCAGACCUGCCUGGCAUUGCUGCAGACCUCAUGUACAGCGCUGACCUGGGCCCUGGCAUUGCACCCUCUGCCCCCAGCAGUGCAAUUCCAGAGCUGCCCACUUUCAACACCGAGUCUGUGGAGCCUUUGCAACCAGAUCUCCAAGACGCUAAGCUCUUGCCACCUCCUCCCCCUCCACCUCCCCCUCCGCCUCCUGUUGUGCCAACUCCGGUGCCUCCUCCACCGCCCCUGCCCCAGCCCACAGCACCCUUGGAAGCAGCUCGGGCAGGGAGUGAGGAGAGCAGCAGCACAGUGCCUGCAGCUUCAGUCCAAGGAGCCCCAAAGGAGGUGGUGAACCCCUCCACUGGCCGUGCCAGUCUCUUGGAGUCCAUCCGCCAGGCCGGGGGCAUUGGGAAGGCCAACCUUCGCAGCGUCAAGGAGAGGAAGCUGGAGAAAAAGAAGCAGAAGGAACAAGAACAAGUGAGAGCUACAGGACAAGGUGGAGAUUUGAUGUCAGACCUGUUCAACAAGCUGGUGCUGAGGCGCAAAGGUAUUUCAGGGAAAGGCCCAGGAGCCUCUGGGAACGUGGAUGCUCCUGGCAGUCCUGCCGGUGCCUUUGCUCGCAUGUCGGACUCAAUACCACCCCUGCCACCCCCACAGCAGCCCGUGGGUGAGGAGGAUGAGGAUGACUGGGAGUCAUAGAUGGGAUCCAUUGAGUAUAAAUGUGGAACUAUUGCUGCCUGAAAAAUUUCCAUGAAGUUGAAGGAAGCAGGUCCUUACUGCCUUCACUUUGGUAAAAGUGGGAAGUGUCAUUAAUUAAGAGUGUGUAAAAGGAAAGCCCAGCUGUCCAGCCUCACAGCCCAGCACUACAGGCUGGAGGGCACCAGCUGCUAGAACCAGGUGCUCCCCUCCCUGAAGGCAGAGCUUGUGCAGACCACAGGGUCUGGACCUGCUCAAGGGGCAGGUGACUCACAAUGGAAGUUUCUCAGAGGCAGCUGUUUCCUUCCCUGUGGGGCUAAUUAACAUACAGGGAGUGGGUAACAGCUCUGUGCCAUAAGUACUUUCUUCCUUGUGAAGAGCCUGGAGAGGUGGCAUCCAGCUGCUGAAACUGGAAAAGAAGCAAACAGGGCUCUUGGGAUGAAGCUUGCUCAGGAUGACAGAGGUAGCUGGGAACAGCUGAGGGAUUAUGUGGCUGUCCCUGGUGUUUCUGCUGCCCUCCAGCACUGACCCAUAACCCUGAAAAGACCCCCAGGAAAGUUAAAUUCAAGAAGUUACUUUGAAUUCAGAAGCUUAGGGGUUAAAAAGAGCAAAGCAAUCCUGUGCUUAAACAUGAUCAAAGAAAGGAGAAGUUCUGUAUGGUGACCAUAUCUUUAUUCCCCUUCUAAGAAUGAACUGCUUCAAUCUAUUGGCUGCUUGAAGCAAGGCAGAAAAUGGGUGAGAAAAAACCUUACCCACAGCUGCUCCAUUACCACUCUGUGUUAUUCCAAUAUGACAUAAAUUAGUGGCCUGCUAGUUUACAAUUCCUGUGAAAAGCUCAGUGAUGGCAUUGGUCAGUCAGGCCUCCUACACUUGGUGGUUGAUGGGAUAAAACCCUAUGUGUUCAGUCAAAAUAAUUACUCCCCAUACUUAAGUGUACUUAAAUAAUACUCGCCAUACUUGAGUGUUUUUAUUGAAAAUAUUUAAUCAAUUUAAAUAAAACCUUAACAGCUGUAAACAA